CUUAGUCAACAUUCGAGUCAACCUCAAGAUUUGACGCAUUGUACUUUGUUCUUGGUUGCUCUGACUGUCCUCCGAUAGCUGGUACUGGUGUUGUGCUCCGGGUCCAUCCAGAAGCGCCGCACGCCCUCAUAGAAUUUCGUCGAACGAUCGCGGAGCUUCGAGCUCAAGCCGUGACCACGCGCGAUCUAUCGAGAAUAUAAUCAUGCGUUCUUCCGCCAUCUAACUUCCCUCGACUUUUCGUACAUUUGUAUUCAUUAUUGUACACCAUCAUGCUGACCAAUAGAGCCCAUGUCGCUGCGAGGCGCAUUGCUGCCGUCCCUCGACCAUCGAUCCGCCCUUUGCCACUAUGUCAUCUGCCAACGACGCGAUUAACACAGUCAUCCAAUCUGAUACGGCCCGCCGUUGCAGUCAGAAGUUAUGCAAGUGGUCGGUCACACCCUCCAGGUGGGACUCACCGUAGAGACCUUGGCAAUGAGGAGCAGAAGGCCGCACUCGAAGAAUUUGGUGUGGAUCUGACCGAGCGAGCACGCAGCGGAAAGCUCGACCCAGUCAUUGGUCGAGACGGCGAAAUACAACGGACGAUUCAGAUCCUCUCGAGACGAACCAAGAACAACCCUGUCGUGAUUGGACAAGCUGGUACGGGCAAGACAGCCAUUAUGGAAGGGUUAGCUCAGCGCAUCGUCAAAGGAGAUGUGCCUGAGUCGAUCAAAGACAAGCGUGUCAUAAGCCUCGAUCUUGGCUCCCUCAUCGCCGGCGCGAAGUUCCGAGGUGACUUCGAAGAGCGAUUGAAGAGAGUAUUGAAGGAGGUGGAAGAGGCGCAGAAGGGCGUUAUUCUGUUCGUCGACGAGCUGCACACACUGCUCGGUCUGGGCAAGGCUGAAGGCAGUAUUGAUGCCAGUAACCUGCUGAAGCCAGCGCUUUCCCGCGGCGAGCUCCAGCUAUGCGGCGCUACGACUCUCAAUGAGUAUCGACAAAUUGAAAAAGACGCGGCAUUGGCACGACGGUUCCAGCCUAUCUUAGUGGGCGAGCCUACCGUACAAGACACCAUCUCUAUUUUGCGUGGUAUCAAGGAGCGCUACGAAGUACACCAUGGAGUCAGAAUCACAGACCCGGCCCUGGUCGCCGCUGCAACGUACAGUAACCGAUACAUCACGGAUCGAUUCUUGCCUGACAAAGCUAUCGACUUGGUGGACGAAGCAGCAAGUGCUCUUCGUCUGCAGCAAGAAAGCAAACCGGACGCAAUUCAAGAGCUCGACCGCCAGAUCAUGACGAUCCAGAUUGAGCUGGAAUCGCUCCGCAAAGAGACAGACAUCACCAGCAAGGAGCGACGUGAACGCCUGGAGGAGACAUUGAAGCAGAAGCAAGCGGAGGUAAAGGUGCUUACUGAGAAAUGGGAGAAGGAGCGUGCUGAGCUUGACGCGAUCAAGAACGCUCAGGAGAACCUCGAGAAGGCCAAGGUCGAACUCGAGCAAGCCCGUCGCGAGGGUAACUUUGCCAAGGCAGGACAGCUGCAAUACAGCACGAUUCCUGAGCUCGAACAGAAACUGCCGAAGGACGACGAAGUAGCCGCCGGCGGUCGACCUGACUCGCUGCUGCACGACUCUGUCACCGCUGACGACAUCGCCUCCGUCGUCUCACGAACCACCGGCAUCCCGCUAUCCAAGCUCAAUGCUGGUGAUAUGGAGAAGCUCGUCCACAUGGAAGACACCCUUCGCCAGUACGUGAAGGGACAGGACGAGGCGCUCACGGCUGUGGCCAACGCAAUCCGGAUGCAAAGGGCAGGUCUGUCAGGAGAGAACAGGCCCAUCGCUUCUUUCAUGAUGUUGGGUCCUACCGGCGUGGGUAAGACUGAGGUUUGCAAGAGACUGGCGGAGUAUUUAUUCAGCACGCCUCAAGCCGUACUUCGUUUCGACAUGAGCGAGUUCAGCGAAAAGCAUACCGUUUCCCGUCUAAUUGGCUCGCCAGCUGGAUACGUUGGAUAUGAAGACGCUGGCCAGCUCACAGAGGCAGUACGACGAAAGCCAUACGCCGUUUUGUUGUUCGACGAGUUCGAAAAGGCCCACAAGGAUAUCUCGACACUGCUUCUCCAGGUACUCGACGAAGGCUUCUUGACGGACGCACAAGGCCACAAGAUUGACUUCCGAAACACUAUCAUCGUCAUGACCUCCAACCUUGGCGCAGAUAUCAUCGUCGGAGACAAUGUUGUCGACUCGGCUGGCAAGGACACAAGCGAGAUCUCACCCGAGGUUCGCGAUGCGGUCAUGGCAGUAACCCAGUCCCACUACGCACCAGAGUUCAUCAACCGACUCGAUGAGUUCAUCAUCUUCCGACGAUUGUCCCGCGAAGCGCUGCGCGACAUAGUGGACAUUAGGCUGAAGGAGCUUCAGCUGCGACUUGACGACCGUCGCAUUGUGCUCGAUUGCUCAGACGAAGUCAAGCAGUGGCUAUGCGACCGUGGCUAUGACCCAAGAUAUGGUGCGCGCCCACUGAACAGACUGAUUGCUAAGGAAGUUGGCAAUGGUCUGGCAGAUAGGAUCAUCCGAGGAGAGAUUCGGAGCGGCAACGUUGCCAAAGUCACCAUUCGCGAGGAUGGGUCUGGCCUCACCGUGGCUGCAGCAUCCUGAUUCGGACAGGCAUUUACGACGACACGACCGUACCAGAACAACUGCUCUGUACUCUUUCUUGUACAAUAUAUAACAUCACUGUAUUUUGUAGGUAGAUUUCUUCUCUGUCCAGCAUACCAAUGCAUCUUCAUUUUAUAGUCGCA